AAAAGUACUUUGGUGAAGUACUUAGAACUGAAGCUUUUUCCGCCGUUUCCAUCCUGUCCACCAUCACAUAAAGAGCACCUGCAUUCACCAACAGUCACUCAAGCACUGCGCCGAUGUACCAGUGAAUUAGUCUACAAUGUUGCAGUUCCUGGUUUUAGCGACGCUGGCGCUUGCAGCAUGCUGUGGAGGACAGAUGAUGGAAGAGCUGAAGAAAUUGGACAUCUCCCCCGAUAACAUCGAGGGGGUGGAGCAGUACACAGACCUCAGUAUAGACGAGAUCAUCACACAGGCUCUUGGAGGGAUUGAUCUCGCUGCCCAGAAGAUGCUGACUCCAGGGGGUAACAUCCUUGCAGAGCUAGACAUGAACCUGACGGAGGAACAGUAUCAGAUGUUGUACAGUGCACCAGAGUACGGGUCUUUGGAGACGAUGCCGUUUUUCGAACAAAAAAGAAAGAAGAGAAAGGCAGUGAGAAGAACAGAUUUGCGAUGGCCAGACGGUGUCCUGCCAUACACCUUUGCUGAUGGACAUUUUACCACAAAAGAACUGUACAUUAUGAAAACAGCAAUGAGAGAAUGGGAAAAGUACACCUGUAUAAAGUUCAGAGAGAAAACCAGUAGCGAUGUCAAUUUUGUUCGAAUUCAAAACGGCCAUGGGUGUAACUCACAGCUAGGAAUGGUUGGCGGAGAACAGAUUCUGAACUUAGACAUUAAUGGAUGCCGAUGGAAAGGGUUAUAUUUGCAUGAAAUCGGGCACGCCAUCGGUCUUGUCCAUGAACAUCAGCUUCCAAACCGAGACGAUUACAUCGACAUCAUCUAUGCCAAUGUGGCCCCGAGCAUGCGCGUAUGGUUUCAAAAAUAUCAAUCAAGGGAGGUCAAUCAGUUUGACGUGAACUAUGAACUGUCGUCCGUCAUGCAUUACGGAACGACGGCCUUUUCUUCCGAUGGAAGAUCUACCACCAUUCGACCAAAGAACAAAACGUCGACGGACAUCAUUGGAAAGGUAUGGCGGAAAGAACUUGCCUUCAGUGACGUCAAGGCGGUAAACCGGAUGUAUGAAUGCGCAGCCCACUGUCCAAAGAACGUGAAGUGCAUUCGAGGAGGGUUCGUUGACCAGAAUUGCAAAUGCAUCUGUCCUGAUGGAUCGAACGAAUGUACAGCUCCACUACCCGGAGAAAAAAUGAAAGUCAAUAGGCCUACGGACUGUGUCAAUACCUAUAACGAUUGGCAAUGCCAUGUCUGGGCUACACAGGGUGAAUGUGAAAUUAACCCGGACUUCAUGAAGGUGUCGUGCAAAAGGGCGUGUCGAGUAUGUGGCAACGACGAAGAGCAAUUGGGAGAGAAUCAUGUAGCAGCUUGGUCAUGGCAAUGGUUUGGUUUAUUCACGAGUUUGUUCCCUAAAAACUGGGUCAUGGAUGACUGUGAAGAUAGUUUUAAGAAUGAGAAAUGCCAAGAAUGGGCAAAAAACGGAGACUGCAUCACCAAUAAAGACUGGAUGGCGAAGUUUUGUAAGAAGUCUUGUGGCAAAUGUAGCCCUGAAACCAAAGACACUGGAACGGGAGAUUGUAAGAACAUUGAAGACGACAAAGACUGUAAAAAAUGGGCAUUGAAAGGUGAAUGCAUCACCAAGAAGAAAUGGAUGCAUACGAAUUGUAAGAAGUCGUGUCAGCUUUGUGUGGCAGCAGACGAACCGAAAAAAGAUGACGAUAACGAGACUGAAAACAAACCUAGAAACCGGGAUGAUGACGACGAAGAUAAUGUUAAAACCGGAUGUCGCGAUAAACACAACACACGAGAGUGUGAAGGCUGGGCGAAGAGGGAUGAAUGCAGACGAAAUCCAAAAUGGAUGAUCCCUAACUGUAGACAAUCAUGUGGGAGAUGUAAUGAUGGUUCUUGUAAGAAUUUAUAUGACGAUAAGAAGUGUAAAUACUGGGCCAAAGAGAGGGAAUGCUUUAAGAAUCCGUCUUGGAUGAGAAAGAAUUGCGCUGAAUCUUGUAACAGUUGUGAAGAAUUGGAUGGAUCAGACAACCACAGGGAUGAUGAUGUAAAUACAAGAGAUAAUGAUGUAGAUAGGAGAAAUGACGAUGAAGUGGAAAUUCACGUGAAUGAUGGUCAGGCCACCACGAGAGCUCCCAGACAGGAGUUCGAAGAUGACGAAGACGACUCGGACACAAGUUGUAGAAAUGACCAUAAUGACAAAGAUUGUAAGAUAUGGGCUAAUUACGGCCACUGUCAGAUCAACCCGUCAUAUAUGUCGAAAAUGUGCAAAAAGGCCUGCAACCAAUGUGAGUAUGGAACUCGCGAGGACACGAACGAGGAUCCGCGAGACCCCAUUGUAGACAUUGACAAAGAGCAAAGGGAUGGAUCUGUUGACGCCAAAACAACGACGACAACAACCACGGACAACAUACCCAGACAAGCUUGUCAGGAUAACCAUAGCAGUUGCCCUUCUUGGGCCAAAUCUGGAGUCUGCAAUACCAACCCAACAUAUGCAUUGAAGGAAUGCAAAUACUCCUGCAAAAACUGCAAACAAGACUCUGCUUGUACAUUUCUGCUGGGAGACCAGAUCAGGACUAGAAAGGCUUCAUCAGUUCCGAUUUCCCGUAUUUCAGGAUCAGGUUGGCACAAUUUUCCAGUCAUAGAGAAAUCAAAGCUGCAUCGAGUGGACCACAUAGUGUCCAGCCAUGUUUUGAAAUGGUACAAUGUGAUCACCAAAGUGAUGCUGUGUUCGUCGUGUAGCGAGGAAUCGGGUGAAUAUGGUCCAAUCGUUGACCUUGAUACCGUCCUUCAAGAUUACGCGUGGCGGGAACUCAAACGAGACGCACGCUGGUACCAAGGGCCGCUAUUACGUCGGUCCUACUACGAAAUUGAAAUUCCAUGGAACUUCUACGAAUUCGAACACAAAACCACCAGGUUUAGUGCCAGAAUCCCUCAUGGAAGCACCUUAAGACAAGACUUUAGAGAAAAGAAGCAAGUGGAAUUAUUUUCGACAGAUUACAAGAAUAACACCGCGAAAGAACAGAUAUACAACCUCAAAACACAGCGGCAAACACAGGCCAGGACUCAUAUUUCGUUUCAAAGAGGUUUUGUGAUAAAGAACAAUGCUAAUUUUAAGCUUAAGAUUCCAGAUCAUUACGGGCAUUGCGGUGUUACGUCAACUGCGGAUGGACAUCUCAGAGUAACAAAACGUGAAGAAAAUAUUCAAGAACUUUUUACAUGGCAGUGCGAUAGCGACAUUACUGUUGACCCAUACCAUAUCACUAAAGUAACGCUAAUGGUAACCGAAGAUGAAUUCAUGGCGGACUUUGAAGUUCGAUCUCGUCUGCGAAUGCCGACUGGAGAAGCGCCUAUCAUUCUUAAAAGAAAACGAGACAAUCACAUUCACGCAGUAAUGUUGCUGUCCGAUCUGCGUGAUGUAUUUGCAGACUUGAAUCAUCCAAAUAUAACUGUUUCCAAGGAAAAAAUCGGCUCUAAUACAGAAACAAUCGUUGAAUUUAUUACGACUGGUACAUUAGAGAGCGUAAGAUGGAGCGAUCAAAGAGUUUGUAUAGAGUCCAAACCGAUAGACCCGUCUAGUUUCAGUGAUUCGCUUUACGACUCUGCAAUCUGCUCAAGUGAUGUCUACAGCAAGGUUAUCAAACAUGCAACGAAGAACCCUUUUGACAAGGAACAAAAUACAAUUCUAGCCACCACAACAGCUACGACUCCUAAUGAAAAGAAAAACGACUUCCAAGGAUUCAAGGUUGAGACCAAAGAUAUGCGGUUCAGCAUUAUUCCCAAGAUAAUCACAGAAAAUCCAGACGAGUUUCUGGAUAAAGCCAGCAAAUUAGAAGAACAAUCUCAAGUGAGAUCUGUGUUCCCAACAAUCAGAUUACAGGAGAAGGAGAGGAGAAUGUCUGACCCUGAAGGUCAGCGACCCCCACCCCCCUACAAGAGCGUGUCCGACCUCCCGCUCAAGGUCAUUCGGGAAACCAGUUUGGAAGACAAAGACAAAUCUGAAGUAGGUACCCCCGAUUCCUCCGACUCCCAGAAAUUUUCAAAGGUCACUAGUGUGUAAGCGUGGGUAAGCGCCCUUGAUAGGGAGACUGGCAGCUGCAUGCUUUCAGUGCUAGCCUAGCGAAUUUCCAUUGUCUGAAGUCUUUGGCUUGUACGUACAGACUGCCAUUUUUUAUUUGUCGCCUACUUCAAAUGAUAACUAUACAUUUGACAGAAAGUGUGCAGAUUGGUGUAUCGUACAGACACCCAUGUCACUUUUGUAGCUUACCUAAUUUUAAUUUUGUUUGAAUAUUGUGAAUUGUUAAAUUGAAGAAAAAUAAUCAUUGUCCCAGAAUCACUACUCGCCGAAUGUAUGUAGUCUAAACUGCACCCAACCCCCUUUCUACAUUUUGUUGCUUACAAAAUGAGAUGACACGUCAUUAUAUGAAGAUUAAUUACGCUAUUAGUUUUAGCUUUUCGCUAACUUGAUGGUUGAAGAAAAUCAGAACAUGUCUCAUCUGUUUGUCUAUUAAGAACCAACUCACUUAACGCAUUUAAACUGACAAGAAAUGGAAGACAUAAUGCGUCAAUCCCCCUGGUGCAAAAUGAUAUGGAAUAUCAAUAAUCCAUAAUUUCUGUUUUCUCUAAGGAUCCCUAAUCGAAUUAAAUCAGUCCAGUAAUUAAAUUUCGGAUAUAUCAGAAGGCGCAUUUAGUGGCAUUCUACACCAAAAGUCGGCACCUUUGAGUGCGAUUGGUGCAAUGGAUUCAUUAACUGUCAUUACCGAACAUCAAAGAAAAAUUAUCAUACAUUGUACACGAAAUUGCGUGCAGAAGUACUAGUAUUCAACGCAUUAAAAUCCAUUAAUAAUGGCGAUAUGCAUGUUUUUGGGAGUUCUUCAAAAAUCAAACUACUUGUUAUUUAAAAUUCAGUAAUGAAUUAGUCUUUUAAUUGACAUAGGUCAUG